AUGAUUGCCGACCGGGACAAUGACCAUGAUCACUUUUUACGAGUCAUGGUAGAAUCAGGUGGUUGCCAUGGAUACCAAAAUAAAAUGGAACUUACAAAGACUGUUGAUGAGGAUGACAUUAUUUUUGAAAAGCAAGGUGUCCGGGUUGUCGUAGACGGGGUGUCACUCCAGUUCAUCCGAGGCUCGAACGUUGAUUUUGUAGAAGAAUUGAUCGGCUCUACCUUUCAGGUGGUUGACAAUCCAAAUGCAAAACAUAGCUGUGGGUGCAAUAUCUCUUAUGACAUUGAUAUUGACAUGCUCACUACAAAUUAA